UUCCGUCCGUGUAAUUUGUAUGGAACGAGCGCCAAUGUGCAAAGAGAUGCGAAAGGAGCCCAUGAAGUCGUGAAGACAUGGUUUUGUCGUGAGAAAAUGAAUGUGUAUAUCUCAUGAACUCGUUUGUUGUUAAAUAUUAGGUUUCUGUCCGCAUGAGAGAGGUUAUCUCGUUGAAUGUAGAAUCUGGUCCAGAAAUUCCUGACGGGAGAAAAGAGGAAAGACAGGAGCAUUAUAAAGCCGCUUUGACAGGUGCCAUCGCUAGGCGCCUCAGUGGAGAGAUGCCGCCGGUGCAGAGAACGAUGUCCGAUCUUCGCUCUCGUGCGGAGGGCUAUGAGAAGACAGAGGACACCACAGAGAAGAUCUCAUUAGCUGACCAGGAGGACGCCAGGCUGAUAUACCUCAACCAGCCACAGUUCACCAAGUUCUGCAGUAAUCAUGUCAGCACGGCCAAGUAUAAUGUUCUGACUUUCCUGCCUCGGUUCCUCUACUCCCAGUUCAGAAGGGCAGCUAACUCCUUCUUUCUCUUCAUCGCACUCCUGCAGCAAAUCCCGGACGUGUCGCCAACUGGCCGCUGGACCACGCUUGUGCCCCUGCUCUUCAUCCUGGUGGUAGCUGCAGUGAAGGAGUUCAUUGAGGACCUGAAACGUCAUAAUGCCGACAGUGUCGUCAACAGGAAGGAAUGUCAAGUACUGAGGAAUGGUGCCUGGGAAAUUGUACACUGGGAAAAGGUGGCUGUUGGGGAGGUCGUAAAAGCGGCCAAUGGGGAUCACCUCCCGGCUGACCUCGUCAUCCUCUCGUCCAGUGAACCACAAGGGAUGUGCUACAUCGAAACCUCCAACCUGGACGGAGAAACAAACCUCAAGAUCCGACAGGGGCUCCAGAUCACCUCGGAGAUCAAGGACAUUGACAGCCUGAUGCGUCUCUCCGGCCGCAUGGAGUGCGAGAGCCCCAACCGCCAUCUGUACGAGUUUGUCGGCAACAUCCGUCUGGACGGACACAGCACCAGCAGUCUGGGUCCAGACCAGAUCUUACUGCGGGGGGCACAGUUGAGGAACACACAGUGGAUCCAUGGCAUAGUGGUCUACACAGGACAUGACACCAAACUUAUGCAGAACUCCACGCGUCCUCCUCUGAAGCUGUCGAACGUGGAGCGCAUCACCAACUUCCAGAUCUUGGUCCUGUUUGGCUGCUUGCUAGCCAUCUCUCUGGUGUGCUCCAUAGGACAGACCAUCUGGAAGUACCAGUACGGCAAUGCUGCCUGGUACAUGGACCUGAACUAUGGAGGCGCUGCAAAUUUUGGCCUCAACUUCUUGACCUUCAUCAUCCUGUUCAACAACCUGAUCCCCAUCAGUCUGCUGGUCACCCUGGAGGUCAUCAAGUUCACCCAGGCCUUCUUCAUCAACUGGGACACAGACAUGCUGUAUGAACCUACCAACACACCUGCCAUGGCCCGCACGUCCAACCUGAAUGAAGAGCUGGGACAGGUGAAAUACAUCUUCUCGGACAAGACCGGGACCCUGACCUGCAACGUGAUGCAGUUCAAGAAGUGCACUGUCGCUGGUGUAGCCUAUGGUCACACACCCGAGGCAGAGGAAGGUAGUUUUGCUGAGGACGACUGUCACAGCAUACAGUCAUCGGAGGAGGCCGGAUUUAAUGACCCCAGCUUACUGGAAAACCUCCAAAGUAAUCACCCGACUGCUCCUGUCAUCCAUGACUUCAUGACCAUGAUGGCCAUCUGUCACACGGCCGUCCCCGAGCGCAUCGAUGACAAGAUCACCUACCAGGCCGCUUCUCCAGAUGAAGGUGCGCUGGUGAGAGCUGCUCAGAGCCUCGGCUUCGUGUUCUCCGGAAGAACCCCCGACGGUGUCAUCAUGGAAUCGCUGGGAGGAGAGCAGAAGUAUGAGCUGCUGCAUGUGCUGGAGUUCACCAGCGUUAGGAAGAGGAUGUCAGUUAUCGUGCGUACCUCAUCUGGCAAGAUCCGCCACUGCAAAGGGGCGGACACCGUGGUCUAUGACCGCCUGGCGGACAGCUCUAGGUACAAAGACAUCACCCUGAAACACCUGGAGCAGUUUGCUACAGAGGGUCUGCGUACUCUGUGCUUUGCGGUGGCGGAAAUCAGCGAGUCGACAUACCAGCAGUGGCUGGAGGUGUACCAGCGAGCCUCCACCUCCAUCCAGAACAGAGCCCUCAAACUGGAGGAGAGCUACGAGCUCAUCGAGAAGAACCUGCAGCUGCUGGGAGCCACCGCCAUCGAGGACAAACUCCAAGACAAGGUCCCCGAGACCAUCGAGACCCUGAUGAAGGCCGACAUCAAGAUCUGGAUCCUGACCGGAGACAAGCAGGAGACGGCCAUUAAUAUCGGACACUCCUGCAAACUGCUGACCAAGAACAUGGGCAUGCUGGUGAUCAAUGAAGACACUCUUGACGCCACCAGAGAGACACUCAGCCACCACUGUGGCAUGCUGGGAGAUGCCCUCCACAAGGAGAACGACUUUGCCCUCAUCAUUGACGGAAAGACGCUGAAAUACGCCCUCACGUUUGGAGCGCGCCAAUACUUCCUUGACCUGGCCCUGUCCUGCAAGGCUGUGAUAUGCUGCAGGGUGUCCCCGCUGCAGAAGUCGGAGGUGGUGGAGAUGGUGAAGAAGCAGGUGAAGGUGAUCACGCUGGCUAUAGGCGACGGCGCCAACGACGUGGGCAUGAUCCAGACGGCUCACGUGGGCGUGGGCAUCUCCGGCAACGAGGGCCUGCAGGCGGCCAACUCCUCCGACUACUCCAUCGCCCAGUUCAAAUACUUGAAGAAUCUACUGCUGGUGCACGGAGCCUGGAACUACAACCGUGUGGCCAAGUGUAUCCUGUACUGCUUCUAUAAGAACAUUGUCCUCUACAUCAUCGAGAUCUGGUUCGCCUUCGUCAACGGCUUCUCCGGCCAGAUCCUGUUUGAGCGCUGGUGCAUCGGCCUGUACAACGUGAUCUUCACAGCUCUCCCUCCCUUGACGCUGGGCAUAUUUGAGCGUUCCUGCAGGAAAGAGAACAUGCUGAAAUACCCUGAACUCUACAAAACCUCUCAGAACGCAAUGGGCUUCAACACCAAGGUCUUCUGGGCCCAUUGUCUGAACGGCCUCUUCCACUCGGUCAUCCUCUUCUGGGUUCCUCUCAGAGCCUUCCAGCACGAUACGGUGUUCGGCAACGGAAAGACUCCAGACUAUCUGCUUUUAGGGAACAUGGUUUAUACAUUUGUAGUCAUCACGGUGUGCCUGAAGGCCGGCCUGGAGACCUCGUCGUGGACCAUGUUCAGUCACAUCGCCAUCUGGGGCAGCAUCGGACUAUGGGUGGUGUUCUUUGGCAUCUACUCCUCCCUGUGGCCCCUGAUUCCCCUGGCCCCGGACAUGUCUGGAGAGGCGGACAUGAUGUUCAGUUCAGGGGUCUUCUGGAUGGGCCUGGUCUUCAUCCCCAUCACCUCCCUGGUCUUUGACGUGGCCUACAAAGUGGUGAAGAAGGUGUGCUUCAAGACUCUGGUGGACGAGGUCCAGGAACUGGAGGCCCUCUCUAAGGACCCUGGAGCUGUGGUGCAUGGGAAGAGUUUGACGGAGAGAGCCCAACUACUGAAGAACGUCUUCAAGAAGAGCACGGUCAGUCUGUACCGGUCAGACUCCAUGCAGCAGAACCUGCUCCUUAGUGACCGAGUCAUAUGAGACCUGAAGACGGCUAUGCCUUCUCCCAGGACGAGAACGGGGUGGUGUCGCAGUCAGAAGUGAUCCGGGUGUACGACACCACCAAACAGAGGCCCAACGAGUGGUGAGGUCUGUCCGGAGCCUCGGCCGUUUCCCACAGCGAUUUGAAGCUAGAGAAGGGGUGCCCCCCCAGGCGACUUCACCACGAGCCUGUGGGGGGGUGUGGACAGGAUGCCGAAGGGAGGGGUGGAUGUGUUGUACAACUUCAAAAAGGGAAAAAAACAUGGAACAAAAUAGCGUUGAAAAAGUAUUCACUAUGCUGUAGUUGUGUGUUCAGCAGACAUAAUGAGCACUGUGCUUGCAUUUUUAGCAGAAUCUGUGGUCUGAAGUUCAUCACUGUUCUUGCUCAGUCAAAUGGAGUGAAAUGUUGCCUCUGUGAAAUGUCUUUAUGUAUAUUCUAGCAGAUCCCAAAAAAAGAAUAACGUACAAAAAGUUCUAAUCAUUUGAACUAUUUUUGGCACAAAAUGUUUAAUGACAAUAUUGAUGUAAACAUAGAUUGCCAAAGAGCAGUCGUAAAUUCAAUCUCUUCAAACAAUGGAUAUGAUUAGAACAAUGUACCCCUAACCUACACACACUCCAGAGUUUAUUCCAGCACUGAAUGGACCACUUCAGACCAGACAAUUCGUUGUUUUGUUGUUCUUUUGCACUUGUGUGAACAUGUCGACUGUAUAAUAAGGCCUUACAUUUGUUCAUGCCUUCAGCCAUACUUCUCUCUCAUUUAAUUCUGUUUAUUUAUGUAAGAAUUAGUAUGUAGGUAUCGUGCCUAGUUUGUUUGACUUUUUAAUGAUAGCUCCUUCGCCGUAGUCCAAUCUCCACCAUGUUACACAGCAGUUCGAUUGCUCUUAACAAGUAAUUGCAUUCCACACAUUACUCGGCUGCAACAAUCACAAUGGUGCCUGACUAGUUUCCCCCUGAUGGAACAAGGUAGCCUAGCUAGUGUAGGACAGUGCUCUACCCUUUGAUUGGUAAAGGUGAACUCCGUACCUCCCCAAUAUUGUACUCAUGGUAACAAAUGAAGUGCCUUGUGGCACAUGUAAAACCUAGGUUCUUUUGUCCUGCAGAGUGUUUGGGGGGGUGGGGGGGUCUGCUUGACGGUCUUCUUCAGUUUCUGUACGCUUACAGUGGCGGCUUGUAUUUCACGAUCGUAUUUCCCUUAGAAUGGAGUUUAUCCUCUGGAACAUAAGUGCCAUUAGCUUACAGGAGAGAGAAGAUUAGCCAGGAAAGCUCCACACAGUAUCGAAAAACGACUUGGUCUCUCUAUAGUUAUUUUGUGAAUUUGUAUUUUUAUAUUGGAGAUGUACGAAUUUUGCAUUGACCGGCUUUGUAAUGAAUCGUCUGUGCGUUUGGUUCCUUUCUCAGACAAAACGAUUGAGAAUGCUCGAAUGAUAGAAGGAAACAGCUUUCUUAAAUGUCUUGUUGUUCUUAUUAAUAUCGUUAACGCUAAUUUAUUUUAAAAUUAAAAGUCUUGUAUUUGUGUGUUUGCUCUUCUCCCUAUGGGAGAUUGGUGUUCUGACCGUGUGUGUGCGAGUAUGUGUCGUCUGCAUGUGCAUGUGUGUAUGAUUCUGAGCGUGAGUCCGUCCGUGAGUGAGUGAACGCCUUCUCCUGGGGAUACCUGCUCUGUUUGCAUGUCUUAAUGUGUGUCCUCAAUAUGGCACUGAGAGAUGCUGACACCUCAGUUGUGGUGUUGCGUUCUUUGAAUGUGUGUGUAGAUGAACUUUUGAGUGUCCGUGGGUGCGUGUGGGUUGUGUGUGUGUGUGUGUGUGCUGCUCGCUCCUCUCGUCAGUCUGCACGACUCCAGGUAUAAUGAUGGUGUACUACUGUGUGCUGCUGCAUGGCCCUGUGCGUGUGUGUUUAUGAACGUGUGUGUGUGUGUGUGCGUGUGUGCCCAGACCCAGUCUUGGAGGGUUUUAGGCCUCAUUGAUGCUUGCUUUGACAGGAGUUGUUGCACAAUGCACUCUGUACCUUUCCAGGAGUGGAUAUUUCAUAUUAUCUGGUUAUUGGUUUUGGUAUAUCAUUUCUCUGGGUGUAUUACAGUAUGUUUUGUAAGUUAUUUUCUCUCUCUUCACACAGUGCACCUCUACUUUACAAUAAACCUCUGUGUUUUUAUUUCCUGGUUUUGUGAGGAUAUAUCAGUGAAGUGAUUGGUUAUGCUAUACUUGCGUGUUUAUCUGAUUGGUUGUCAUCAGCUUUCAAAAUUCCAAAAUGCUGAAUGUGGGUCUUCUGAUGUGAACGUCAUUGUCGUGGAAGCAAGGCUUGGGACUGUUGCUUUUAACCAACAAACUGUCGUCUGUUUAAGUCGUGGGCUGCAUGAGUGGAAUAACAAAUCGUUCUUUGGUUAAGUGUUAAUUGUACUACUUUUGAUUCUCUCUCUCAAGUGUUGGUCACUUUACUGAAGAAAAAUGCACUUUUUAGAUUUGUUUUGAUAUUGUUUCUUUUUGUCUUUUGUUCAAUGAUUGUUCUGCAUGUUGGGACUGCAAACUUUAAGUGUUCUGUCUUUUACUGCCAUAAAGGACUACUGAAAUAAAACUUUACAAACAUAGCCGGAA